AUGCCGAAUGAGCAAUUCAUGGAAGCCAUGUACGCCGCCUUCCAGGGGAUGGCUACUAGAGCCCAAAAUGAACGUCCUGCGGAGGACAGAAAACAAAACUACUUCUGUGAGUACAGGCGUAGUUCAAUUCCUUUCACUAGCGUGGGUGGACCCCAGGAAGCUGAGUAUUGGUUCGAAUCGGUGUCUAAGCAUCUAAGUACCAUGGGAGUACCGGAUGAGUAUUGGGUGGAGUUUGUAGCUUUUAAGUUUGAAGGUCCUGCAGGUGCGUGGUGGAAGCAUAUCCGGCGAAUGCAUGAUGUAGAGAGGAUGACUUGGGAACAAUUCGAAGCACUUUUUAAUGAGCAAUUCUUUCCCCAAAGCUAUCGAGAUGAAAAGGCCAUGGAAUUCAUGGGCCUACAGCAAGGGGAUAUGACAGUGAGGGAAUACGAGGCUAGGUUCAAUGAAUUGUCUCAUUUUGCUCCUUCCUUGAUUGAAUCGGAGCGCAUGAAGUGCCUAAAGUUCGAGAAAGGUCUUAAGGGUGUGAUCCGAAAAUCAGUGGUAGCUUUAAGGCAUCGAGUCUAUAGUGACUUGGUUGCAGCAGCCAUCUCUAUUGAACAAGAGCACAUCGCCUUUCUCCAAGAUCGAGAAGCUUUAGGAAGAACCUCAAGAGGACCCCAAAGGAGUAAUCGAAAAAGCCGUGAUUAA